AUGCCUCCUCGGCUGAACAAACGCCAACUGCGCGAACAAGAGGAGCUGGCUGCCCUUGAGGUUCCAAAAGAAAGAGACGACGCGUCGGAGGCGGAAGAGAGCGAAGCCGAGGUACCACAAUCCACGAAGACUAUGGGCGGUGGUUUUGCGGCGCGGACUCGGAGACGGAGAGUGAUGCGCCUUCGGCCCCUCGGGCUACCAAAUCGAAGAAGGCUCAAGAAGAAGAAAAAGAAGCCUGCUAGCACUGAAUCCCCAGCUGCCCCCACACCGCCUCCCGAGGUGGCCGAAGUGAAAGCACACAAUGAAGCCAGCCCUUCGCCUUCUCCGAGUAUCUCCAAGAAGGAACGCAAGGCGGCGAAGAAACUGAAGGCGAAGGAGCAGAAGGACGACCGCGACGACGUCGACAAGGCGCUCGCGGAGCUAUCGAUCAAGUACCCGGACCUGCAGCAGGUCGUGGCAUCGACCAGUGCCUCACCUGCAGCCCGCAACACGUCCGCCGCUCUUGCAUCCCUGCUCUCCGUGUCCCUCCAGAACCUCGACGCUGAGGCGGAACUCCGCAAGUUCUUCGGCGCGAAAGUCAUCUCUGCCGCCAAAUCCGCAGAGUCGGGGCCGUCCAAGCGGGCGGCGGCUGCGGCGGCAAGACUCAAGUCGCAGGCGAAGGCGACACUCGCGCGCCCCAAGGGCAAUUGGUGGUCCGCGACCUACAGGCAAGGGUUGUCCUCGCGACUAUACACCCCGGAGGACGAAGAGCAGAUGCGCGGACGGCACGCGUGGUCGCCACUGCUCGGUGAGAAAGUGUGGACAGUGGAGUACAGUAAGAAGUACCGCUCAGUCACCCUUGCUUUCAUGCAGACAGUCAUGUCGGGAGACCCUGUGGGCUUCAACCAGAUCCUGGGUCAGAUGCCAUAUCAUGGCGACACGCUCCUGCAAAUGUCCGAGGUGUAUUUCCACAGGGAAGAGCAUAGUACAGCUGCAGACAUGAUCGACAGAGCGCUCUUCGGCUACGAACGGGCCUUCCUGGGCACUUCGUUCAACUUCACGGCAGGCGUGCACCGUCUGGACUUUGACCACGUGGAGAAUCGACCAUUCUUCCUGGCCGUGCAUCGACAAAUAAGCGAUCUACAACGCCGAGGCUGCGUGCGUACCUCAUUUGAGUUUGCACGAUUGCUCUAUUCGCUGGACCCUUGGUCGGAUCCUCACGGCGCGCUCUUGCACUUGGACUACCUCGCUCACAAAGCAAGUAUGGGCCAGUGGCUGCUCGAUGUCUGGGACUUCUUCUCGCAGGUCGGCGACGAUGAUGGUUUCCGCAACCGUCUGCGCCCGACCGUACUGCCGGGAUGGGCGUACUCCAGGGCGCUCGCUCUAUACUCUGACGAGGAGGCGAAAGGUCUGGACCAUGCUGCAAGUACCUCCGCGCUUGAAGAAGCAAUCCUAUCGUUCCCAACAAUAGUCCCCCUGCUCGCCGACAAGGCAGACAUCUCCCUUCCGGCGUCGGUCAGGGGGCAUUCUGCAUUCCGGGUCUAUCCGGAUUCUAGCUCGCUGCCGACGCCGUCUGCAGGGAUUCUCCAUCUGCUGUCUCAUCUCUACGCACAACGUUCGUCAAUACUCUGGAAGACACCCGAGAGAGCAUCUUGGUUCGCCCAGACGGUCAGCGCGAGCGUGACAUCGCUACCGCCGUCAUACGACACCACCUCGCCCGCAUACCUCGGCUUUGUCGCGCUCUUCAGCAGACCAGAGAUUGCGCACGGGGUCUACCGGCACGCGAUAGUUAACGAAUCGUCCUGCCGGCGGCUGUUCGGAUUCAUCCCGCGUGAAGUGACAAACGCGAAGAACCUCGCGUGCGACCCGCUGCCGCCGCCAACGCGCGUGAACGAGUACGACGCAGAGUUCUUCCGCGGCGCGGAGGAUGCGAUGAACAUUCAGCGCCGCAGCCGCAAGGCGAACGAGCGGCUCCUCCAGCAGCUCAUCCCCGACCCCGUCUUCCGUAGGCAGAUGGAGGACUUUUGGGCCGCGCACCCCGCGUUUCAGCGCCAGUUCCCCGGGGGCUUCGUUCACUUUGCGCAGAUCCUCCAGCAGAUUGACCCUGAGGCGGUGGAGGAUCUGAUGAUACAGGUGGCUGACCAGGCGGGCCAGGGCGCGGGGGAUGCGAUGCCGGGAGGGUUCGUGCCCAUGGCCGAAAUGUUUGGGGAGGCAGGUGUACCUGGUGUUGAGCCUGCUGGCGCUGAUGAUGCAGUGGACGAAGAGGAUGAGGACGAUGAGGACGAUGAUGAGGAAGAGGAGGUAGCGCCCUUACCAGUGCGGAUGCUGCGCAAUCUCGUGAACCGGUUCUGGGGGGGUGGCACAGUGGAGGAAGAGUCUUCUGACGAGGAUGAGGGAGAGGGAGCACACCUACCGGCGGAAGACGGUGUCGACUGA